CAGGGAGAAACCUGCUGCUGUCGCCCGUCUGUAAGAGGGGGCUGGACACUUGUGGAAAGCAACUGAGGGCUGGUAUGCGCGCGCUGCCCCAGGGGCCCGACGCGGGCGGGGGAAGAGCGGUGGCGUCUGCAGCAGUGACGCUGCCAUGUGACGUCCUUCCCACUGCCCGGCAGACACACUAUGGCGUCCGGCGCGGACCAAGAGCGGCAGCUGCGCUUUUACAGGGAGCUUCCUAAAGUGGAGCUCCACGCCCACUUGAAUGGCUCCAUCAGUUCUGUUACUAUGAAGAAACUUCUGGCUCAGAAACAAUAUCUUCAAAUCCAUAAUGGAAUGACAGUGAUUGACAAGGGGAAGAAAAGGACUUUAGAAGAAUGUUUUCAGAUGUUUAAUAUCAUUCAUCGGAUUACCAAUAGGACCGAAGAUAUAUUAAUGGUAACUAAAGAUGUUAUUAAAGAAUUUGCUGCCGAUGGUGUCAAGUAUCUGGAGUUAAGGAGCACACCUAGAGAGGAAAAUGGCACUGGCAUGACCAAAAGGACAUACGUGGAAGCUGUACUUGAAGGAAUAAAACAGUGUAAAGAGGAGGAUUUGGAUAUAGAUGUCAGGUUUUUAAUAGCAAUAGAUAGAAGAGGUGGACCUAUCGUGGCAAAGCAAACUGUUAAACUGGCUGAAGAGUUCCUCCUUUCCACAGAUGGGAUUGUGGUAGGGCUUGACCUCAGUGGUGAUCCCACCGCAGGACAUGGCAAAGAUUUUUUUGAACCACUUUUCGAAGCGAAAAAGGCAGGUCUGAAACUGGCAUUGCAUCUUUCAGAGAUCCCAAAUAAAGAAGAGGAGACCAAAAUUCUCCUUGGUUUGCCUCCAGACAGAAUUGGACAUGGUACAUUUCUCAACUCUACAACAGGUUCAGAGGAUCUUGUGCAGCUUGUUAGACAGAAUCACAUACCUAUAGAACUUUGCAUGACGUCAAACUUCAAAAGUCAGACUGUACCUUCCUGUGACAAACACCAUUUUGGAUACUGGUACAACAUGGGCCACCCCACUGUACUUUGUACUGACGAUAAAGGUGUCUUUGCAACGGAUCUGUCUCAGGAGUACCAGAUGGUUGCUAAAACAUUUAAUCUGAAGCCGUCACAGAUGUGGGACCUCUCCUAUGAAUCAAUCAACUAUAUCUUUGCUUCAGACAGUGUAAAAUUGAAGCUAAAGGAACAAUGGAAUAAACUGAAACCAAGUCUGCUAAGUAAUUAAACUAUAGUUAUAAAUAGAUGAAAACAGAAUAUACUAGCUCAGUUAAUAAGGAUGAUCUGCCUAAGAGAUUCUUUCUUUGGCCUUUUAAAUUUUGAUACAACCAUAGGGCCCAGUCCUGCAGCCUCUGCUUAUAUGAAUUAAGGGCUACAGGAACAGACCCUUAUUUAACCAGGAUGAGAGAGAAGUUCCUUUCCACACUUUGUCUGGAAACAGUCUGUCAGUGAGUAAAAUUCCAGAUUUUUCAUGUACUAAAUACCGUAUUCACUGUAGGGAAACUAGUUUUUUUAAUUACCGUAUAUACUAGUUCAUAAGCAUCAGAGAAGGGGGUCGGUUUAUGAACGGCUAUAUAGAGGGAGAAGUGGGACACAGUCCCUCCCCCAACAGAGGGAGCAAGGAGAGGCAGCACAGCCAGCAGAGCCAGAAGGGAAGAGGCGGGGCCAGAGUCUCUCUGUUUCUGGCCACGCUGUUCUCCCCCCAGCCUCCAAAGCAGCUGCAGCUCUGGGGCUGGCAGGUUCCGGCGGCGCUGCCGCCUGGCCCCGCCUGCUGGAGCACACUGCAGCUGUGCCGCCUGGCCCUGCCCGCUGAAGCAGGCACGUGGCUAUGCUGCCUGGCCCGGCCUGCUGAACCAAGCUGCGGCCGUGCCGC